AUGCAAUAUUUAACUUUAUUCUUUACAUGCCUUGUUGUUGUCUUCAGCUUAGCAGUUCAGAUAACAUCAAGCGCAAUGGUUAUCCAUUGGUCCCGCGCAGAUUUUGUUGUAGUUAGCCAGCCAAUUUCGUUUGUCGUGGUCUUUUCAUUCGGAAUAGGACUAUCUUGCGUUUCAUUUAUCAUGUUUAUACUUUUAAUGAUAAAUUCACGCUCGCAGGUCUACUUAUGGAUCUGGAUUUCCUUUAAUCUCUCGUAUUUAAUAAUCGGUAUAGGCCUUACGUCACCAAAGCGACUUAAUUCAUGGAUUGAUGUAUGGAAUUCUCAAUGGACUAAUACAAGUCACACACAAACAUUCCAAUAUGAAUCGAAUUGCUGUGGCUGGAAUGAUUAUUUAGAUAGAUCAAUUACAGAUUGUCCAUUUUCUUAUAGAUCUGGCUGCAAGACAAUUGUGGAAAGAUGGAUUCGCUCAAGAUUCGAUCAAAUCUUUGCAACAUUAAUUUUUGAUUUAGCGAUCAGUAUGUUUCCAAUAAUUGCGAUCCUUUAUUUCUUCUAUAAACUACAAUUACAUCCAUUUUGGCUUUCAAUUAGAUUACCUCUUGUUGACGCUCUUAAAAUGCAAUCAUAA